GUGCUGGCAUCCCACAGGCUCCGUUACAUGACACCUAGCUGUGGCUCAGCACGGGUAUCUGUACAGUACCAGCACUAGUAGCUAUCAAGGCAGUUUAGAUGGGGAGUGAGAUAGAAGAUGAAUUCAGCUGAAAUCACUGAUGAUGAUGAAGUAAAAUUUCCUAAAAAAAAUGUUGUGAAAGUAGAAACAGAAAACGAAGAUGAAGCUCUAGACUGCUCGGUAACAUCCAGAUCUGCUGAGAAACACUCACUGGAUGGUGCAGUUACUUGCCUGCAGGACUCCAACAAACGGAAGCAGACCUCACUUGGUUGUGAUGGUUCAGGGAGCCAGCAAGAUGUCUUACCCAGUGUGAAGAAAAGACGCUUUACACAAGAGGGCACCCUUUCAAACAUGAAGAACAGAGAUUCUGGCUCACCCACUCAGGUAAAUGCAGAGCAGCCAAACAAGAACAAGAACCCUAACAUAACGUGGCUCUGUGAAGAAGAAUCCUUCAGUGACAUAACCACUCCAUCUUAUAAAAAACCUCUCUAUGGCAUCUCACACAAAAUCACAGAGAAGAAGAACCCACCAGGAGGAGAGCAGUUUUCUUCUUAUGAGUUGUUUGAAAAAAUCAACCCCAGCAGUCCCUCACACCUUCGGACUUUGAAUGACCAACGCAAAAGGGACUCUGCUGCAGCCAUUGCCAUAACAGCAGCCACUGCAGAUUCUGACCCAAAUAUAUAUUCUUUGAUACAGAAAAUGUUUUACACGCUUAACACCCUCAAUACCAAUAUGACUCAGCUUCACAGUAAAGUUGACCUGUUGUCUCUGGAGGUUAGCAGAAUUAAAAAGCAAGUCAGUCCAGCAGAGUCUGUUGCAGACUUCAAGCCUCCCCCAGAGUACCAGCUGACUUCUGCGGAGCUCAAACAAAUCAUGGAUCAAAGCACGUCAGGUGGAGAUCUAGCUUGCCGGUUGCUAGUGCAGCUCUUCCCAGAGCUCUUCAGUGAUGAUGAGUUCAGCAGAAGCUGCAGUGCAUGCGGCUUUCUCAACAAAAGGAAACUUGAAUCUCUUCAUCUGCAGCUUAUCCGUAACUAUGUGGAAGUUUGUUAUCCUUCUGUGAAGAAUACAGCUGUGUGGCAGGUGGAGUGUUUGCCACAAGUCAAUGAUUUUUUCAAUAGAUUUUGGGCUCAAAGGGAAAUGGAAAACAGUCAGCAGAAUGUGCAAUCGUCCAGUUUUUAUGAGACUGAGCAGGUCGAAUCCUCUCAUUUUAUGGAGGAUAAAGAGCAGGAAGAAGCUUUGUCCUUGGACAGGAGUAAUGCCAUUGCUUCGGAUUACAUGCUGGAUGCUCAGGAUCUCAAUGAAUUUUUAGAUGAAGCUUCUUCUCCAGGGGAAUUUUCUGUUUUUUUGUUACACAGAUUGUUUCCAGAACUAUUUGACCACAGAAAAUUAGCUGAAAGGUACAGCUGCUUUGGAGACUCUGGAAAACAACUGCUGGAUCCUCAUCGGCUUCAAAUAAUCCGUAGGUACACUGAAAUUUACUUUCCAGAUGUGCAAGAAGAAGAAGCCUGGUUGCAGCAAUGUGUUCAGCGAAUAAACGAUGAGCUUGAAAAUACAUAUAUGGAUGGAAGUGAGUGUGAUCAGAUGAGAGAUGACUGUUACGAUUCUUCUAGUUUACCAGAUGAUGUAUCAAUCAUAAAAGUGGAAGACAGUUUUGAAUAUGAAAAACCUGGCAGACGCUCAAAAAAAAUCUGGCUUGUACCCAUAGACUUUGACAAACUUGACUUUCCCCCUCCCGAUUUUGAUGUCCCUGUCCCAGAUUACCUGUUGAACAAAGAACAGAUCAAAAGCAUAUAUGAAAGCAGUCUUUCUAUAGGCAAUUUUGCCUCUCGAUUGCUUGUUCUCUUAUUUCCUGAACUGUUUACUCAUGAAAACUUACGGAAGCAAUACAACUGUAGUGGAUCUUUAGGCAAGAAACAGCUUGACCCCACUAGAAUUAAAUUAAUUCGACAUUACGUGCAGAUACUGUACCCCAGAGCAAAGAAUGACAGAGUGUGGACAUUGGAAUUUGUUGGGAAGCUUGACGAGAGGUGUCGACGAAGAGACACGGAGCAAAGGCGCUCGUACCAACAGCAACGGAAAAUCCAUGUGCCAGGGCCUGACAGGAGGGAGUUUCUCAGCUAUGCAAUAAACCCUGAGAGGUUUCGAGAAGAAUUCGAAGGGCCACCGCUGCCACCAGAAAGAAGCAGCAAGGAUUUUUGCAAGAUACCACUCGAUGAACUCGUUGUUCCUAAUCCAGACUUCCCUGUGCCUUCUCUGUAUUUGCUGUCUGAUAAGGAGGUAAGAGAGAUAGUGCAGCAGAGCCUGUCAGUCGGCAACUUUGCUGCCAGGCUGCUCGUAAGACUCUUUCCCGAACUUUUUACUCCGGACAAUCUCAGACUGCAAUACAACCAUUCAGGUGCUUGUAACAAAAAACAGCUUGAUCCUAUCAGACUGAGACUGAUCCGUCAUUACGUGGAGGCAGUUUACCCUGUGGAGAAAAUGGAAGAAGUAUGGCACUAUGAAUGUAUACCGAGCAUUGAUGAAAGAUGCCGGCGUCCUAACAGAAAAAAGUGUGAUAUACUGAAAAAAGCAAAGAAAGCAAAAAAGUGACAGGCUCUUUAAAUUCCUAAGACUUUGACCACUAAAUUAUUAUCAGGAUUAUGCUUUGGUUUAGACUGAGGGGCCUGUCAGGAGCUGAGGGUGCUCAGCAUCUGGAAUAGUCAGGCACUAAGUUUGUUGUGUUUUAAUGUGUGUGUUGCAUCUGUGUGGGCACCACAGUAGUGGGAAGUGGCUUACUACAUUUGUACAUGGGUAAAGGCCCUAAGUCAUCGGUGACAGAGCUAUCGGUGACUCAUGGUUUUCACUGGUGCAAAUACAUGUAUUGAAACUGUAUUACUCCACUCCCCAUUUCUGCCUCGUCCUUUUUUAUCACUUUCUAAUAACAAUUAUUUUUUUAAAAUCAUUUUGCUCUUCAGAAGCAGUUUUUCAUUAUACCCUUAUAAACAGUGUUGUUAUUUAAUUUGGAGUUUGAAAUUAAUUUACAUUUGAAAGUGCCAUGUUCAUUGGAAAUCAUUGGAAUAUUAGACAUUGCUUCUACAGUAAUUGCAGCUUCACAUUUGUUUUCCUCUUGAUGAUACUGAGAUACUGAAAAUAGUAAUACCAUGUCAAAGAAUGGGUCAGGAUGUUGUCAUCUGCAUUUUUGACUGUUACCCAGGUUCUAUUUCUAAAACCAAGAAUUAACUGUUGAAGAAUUGAGAUGUGAGCAUAGACAUAAUGUGAAUGGGGUUUUUUUAUAUUGAUACCACAAGCUUGAUCCUGCCCCUGUGAGGUUUUUUUUUUUUGAUUUGUCCAGUGUCACUGCUGACAUGGCUGAGGAUGACUCAUCUGAAUAAAGCUAGCAGAAUAGAUCCAAGCCUAUACCUAUGAAAUGUCUUGCCAUCGCCUGCUUGCUGUUCUCUUUGUAAUAUAACAAAGACAACAAGAACAAGACCUGAAACAAGAACUUAGAAAAAUUUUAGACCUUACUCUCUAUUAAAGUCAUGAUUCGAAAGGUUUCCAGUGUUCAUAUUGAAUUGCAUAUAUAAAAUGUACGUGCAAAGAUUGGCUUUGUGAUGAAAUCCAGUGUUUCAGGGUCUCCACGUAUGAGCUGUGGUAAUGUAACUCAUUCUUUGUGUGAAUGCAGCAGCAGCUGGAUAUUUCAGGUGUAGGGAUGUUGAACUCCUUCACUUUGCCAAAUUGAUUUAGUGUAAUUAGUAGCUAUUUGGAGGCAUAACUCUGUAUGUAUAACUUAGGUUCAUAUGGUCAAGCUUGCAUCAUUAAUAUGUCCGAAAGUGUAACAAAGACCACACAGAACCCAAUGUGAAUUUGCUGUAUGACUUGUCACUGGAGAGUGCUGCUUUAAAACUAUUUUCCUCUUUUUUUUUUUUCUUUUUUUUUUCUUUUGAGACUGAUAGAAAUGGUGAGAGAGUCAAACAUGGAUUUUUAAGACAGUAAAGACAGUGAUCACUUACUGACCAUUACUGGACUACCUUGGAGGAAUUAUUGAUGUUGUCUGUGGUCCUUUUUUGUUGUUUACUUAGAUGGGUCAUAGUAUCAAAUUUCAAGUCAGUUCCCGUGUAAUUUUCUAUUUUAGUAUUUGUAAGAAAGUAAAAAAUACUUGAUAUUUUUACUUCAGAUUUUUAGAAUUUUUUGUUCUUUGAGUCAUACUGAUCUCCUUCUUUUAAAAGCAAAACAAAACGUUUUUUCCUAAUGACAAGAAUUAGUAAAAGUAUUAUGUUAAACUGGGAGUGAAUCAUAAUAGAUAGUAGCAUUUGCUCAUUUUCCCCAUAUGCUAUCAACAUUCUCAAAGAAUGUAUGAAGAAAGUCAUGAAUGUACUAAAUAAUAUACUGAUACUGUUUGUAUCCAUUUAAAUGUUUCCUGUUGGUUUUAAUAAUAGCAGACCAUGCACAAAAUGGAUAUCAGAGCAAAUAUGGCUAUAAUAAAAUUAAAACAUUUUACCAAAGAUAAAGAACUGAUACCACAAUGUCUGCAUCUUAUCUUUCAUUUUAGUGCAUAAAUUUAGCAAAUUAAAUGUAUCGGAAACCAAGACUUUAUCUUGUAAUUGUAUGCUACCUAGCACUUCUGUGAAAUUUUUUACAUGCACUUUUAUGGGAGAUAUAAAAUGACAGAAAAUAUUAACAGCUGCUUAAUUUGUUGUUGCAAAUGACUGGCCAGAAGGUAAGAUAUAUAAUUAUAUUUUCUUAUCUUAAUAUCAUGCACGUUUCAUCACUUAAUGGUGUCAAAGCUCCCAGAAGAAUUGGAUAUAUAUUAAAACUUUUCUACAACUGGCAGAUGUUACUAGCUAGCAUGCAAAUUUGAGACAUAUACUGGCUUUUAUUGUCAAUGUUGACAUCAAGUAAAAAAAAAUCAGCCCGUUCAUAUUAUCUACUAAGUAGUAGAAAAACAGUUUUCACCUUUUAAAAUUACAUUUUUGAAAGUGGGUAUAGGAAGAUUUUAAUUGUUUUUCUCUCCUCUGUCUAAUUGCUGUGUACAUUCCUUUUAUCUCACUCUUCACAACCGUUUCAUGAUUUGUUUGAUUGUAUGUUUUAUAAUUGAUAUCAAGAAAAUACAAUCAUAUGAAUAGUGACAUAGUUCACUAAUGAAAGCUCUCGCAGUGCAUCUGAAGUACAGCCACUUCAUCCGGUUGGUCAGUCUUGUAAAUAAAUUAAAGGUAUAUUAUUUUCAUACAAGAAGAAUGUUGUCUGGUGAUUGUUUGAGUACAAGCACGAAUAUUUUCAUAUGAAGCAUGUUACUAAGAUGAGAUAACCUUGGCUAGUUGGACAAUACAUAAAUGAAAAUACCCAGGUUUGCUGCAGCCUUUUUAAAAGAUUUUUCUG